AUGAAACCGGAUAUCAAGGAUCGUGACUACAUGUAUAGGCUUAUUAUUGGUCAAUUGUUCUACGAUGGACAUCAGCAACUGGCACUAUCCCUUGCCCAGGCUAUUGGAUGUGCAGCUCAACCGCCACCACCUUCUGACAAAUUGUUUCGUCUUGUUUCGAUCGCAAAACAAUUCGUCGAUGAUCCUGAAUCAAAGGAGAAACAGGCUAAUAUGCAGGCUGGACCUAGAAGACAUUCUGCAGCUACGUUCUAUAACAUGCGCUUAUUAAGACGAAUUCCAAGUCCGAAUCGAGCAAGGGGUCCCGGUUUCGCUGAUCAAAGUAUUCUCGUUAUUAUAAUGUUAUACCUAUUUUGUGGGAAGGGUACACCAGCUGGAAUCGGCAGAUUGUUCAAUCAUAAAUUGGAUGUUGAAAGAAUGAUUGCUCGCGAGGUGAGAGGUGAAAUAAGUGAAAAUGGACCCGAUGCCAAUCAUCCUGUCAUUCGAACACUGUACGAUCACCUUGAUGAAGUCACUGUUGUCACGUUCCAUCCUCGCGAACAAAUCCUGGUGUCCGGUUCCACCGAUAAAACUGUUAAGCUUUUUGAUUUCUCCAAAACUGCUGUGAAAAGAGCGAUGAAAACUCUAUCAGAAGUGUUCCCGGUAAGAGCUCUGUCAUUUCAUCCUGGUGGAGAGUUUCUGCUAGUCACUACCGAUCAUCCUACUAUCCGCCUUUACAAUGUAGAGACAGCUCAGUGUUUCGUAUGUUCUGCUCCAGGUGACCAACACAAGGAUGUUGUUAUGGAUGUGAGCGCUUGCCUUUUUUGA